CUGUCUUACAAGAGUGAACCACCGUGCCUGGCCAAUAAUUCCUUUUUAAAAAGCAGCUCACCCUUAUUGUCAUGUGUGGGCUUAAUUGAAGUUCACUUUCAGAAAUCAUUUAUCUUCACACCAGCCGUAUAAAGCAGGCACUGCCGGUCCCAGUCUAUGGUAGAGGGGAGGGCAGAGGAGCCGUGAGGGUGACCAGGCACUGCGGGUCGGCGCUGGGUCUGGGCAGACCAGGACUCCUGCCCCUGGCCAGUCAUGGCAUCUUGACCCCCGGCAGCCCUUGCUGUUGGCAGUGAGCACCACACACAGGGCUCACGCGAGCACAUACAUAUCUGCACACACCAGCAGCCUUGUGUUGAGCUGGCUGUCAGCCUCCACCCUGCUCCAGCUUGAACCGGGCUGGCUCCUUGCAGGACCAGGAGGGUGUCCACCAACUGGACACGGAGACCAACCCUCCCUCAGCCCUGCCUGGGUUUAAACCCCAGACCCCAGAGCUGAAGGGUUGCCUGUGCUCAGCCCCUGAGCCCCUGCCUCCCGCUGGUCCCUAAGCCCUCCAGACAGGGCUGCAGAGCCACAGCUGCAGCCGCUCCUGGGAUGCUGGGAGCUCAUCAGAGGCCCACACAGCUCUAACUACUACGAGCCUGAUUACAGUUCAACUCCCGGAUUCACCGAUCAGGUAACAUGGCUGGAUAAACCCGUGACUCAGCAAUCUGUAAGUAAAUAAUUCAACCGCAGAGCCCAGUGCACAGACCACUGCCUGCAGGUCGGCGCCAGAGCCACCACCUCCACUCUCCCAGCCGCUCACGGGAGCCAGAGGGCCCUGCGGUCCUCAGUGGUCUUGCCAGCCCCUCGCCAUCCCAGGGCCCUCUGCGCCUGUGAGGACUCCCUCAGGUAAGAACAAUCCUGGGCCUAGAUCUCAGUCAUAUCAGAGGGGGGCGUGGGAGCCGAGGCCAGAAAUGCCCUGGACUUGUGAUUUCUUAGGGGCACCCUCAGGCUCAAGGCAGGUGGCCCUACUGUACACACCUGGACCCCAGGGGCUUGGGGUGGGCUUCAGGGCAUCCAAGGACCCAGUGUGGUGGGGUCUUCCACGGACGGGGACACAACUCUUGCAAUGUUGCCUGAGGGCCAGGACCCCUGCUCUGGGCCCCAGGGAUACUGUGCCCAGCCUGCGUGUGUCAACCUACCAGGCUUGACCCACUCCUCCAACACACCCCCCAGGAGACUGCAGCUCCCACACCCUGGGCCAGCGUGCAAAUAGCAGGCUUAGCCCAGGCUGCAGGGUGUCCUGGGGACCUGGUGCCCUGGGAGCAAAGUCUUUGCCUAACAUUGCUGAGAAGUUUUUAAAGCGAAAGUACAUUGGAGUCUGCAAACAGGACAGACCCAGGGCCUCACAUGGGACCGGUCAGGCCUCUAAGCACCGCCUCCCUAACGCCACGGUGCUUUCCGAGGGCAAAGGAAAGGUCAGGUGCCCUUCCGGCUCUGCCAGCCCAGGGUGGCUGUGUGCAGCGGGCUAGGUCCUCUCGAUGCUGCCUCGGGACAGUGUGUCAUGGCCGUUCCACAGUGAGCUGGUGCAGCCUGGGAAGGGGCGCCUCAUGUCCCAGAACUGUCUGGGCAGGGGAAACAGAUGCCAGUCACCCUCCUCCCCUCCCAGCUGGCCCUUAUGGGGCCCCUGUCUAGGCAUACUCAGAAUUCUGUUUCAAGGCCAAGUGGAUGGGCUGGGCUGGUGUCUGAACGCUGCUCCCCCGGCAGACUUGGGGUCCCAGCACCCACAAGGCUUGGCAGAGACGUAGGAGGCCUCUUCCUGAGACUUCCGCCAGCCCCAGGACCCACAGGGCAGGUUGCGGAGGGGUGGGGAAGGUAUCUCCGAGAGAGGAGGCGAUGGUUUGGAUGGGGAAGGGAGGGUUCUGGUGUGGACAUGGGGUGGACAGCAGGACCGUUCGCCAGCCUGGGGAGCGGGAGGUGGAUGCAGAGCAGCCAGACUCAGGCUUGCCUGCACCUGUGUCCACUGACUGUGACAUUCUGACCCCAAGCACACGUGUGUGCGGCGGCAGCCCAGCCUGUUCCCUCCCCGUUGGGCGGGUGAGCUUCAGGAGGCUACAGGGUGGGUUUUAGGCAGGAAAUGCAGAGCCAGUGGGCCACAGCUGAGCCUGGACAGGGUCCUGCCACUCCACCCCUCAGCGCUGCUGGCCUCAGCACAGCCCGUGGUAUGCGCUUGGUGUCGUAAUCCCAUCUCACCCCACGAUGGGUUCUGGAGCCGCCAGGGCCUGGCGUCCAUCCAUACCGGGCAGGGGGCUGGGGCCCGCACUGCCCAGAGAAGGCCCAGCACCAAUCCCCGGCCCUGGGUGGGUGAGGGGUCCGCCCCAAGGGGCCCGCUGCUGCCCGGGACCUUGUCGUUUGGCCCUGGAUCCAGGGGCUCCUGUGACCAUGCCCUCUUCUCGGCUGCAGGUUGGCCACAGGACCUGACGCUGCAGGAUGGACGAGUGCCCUGAGCCUCUGCAGCAGGACAGAGGGCCGGUGCUGGUCCGACGGCAGCGCCCAGCACCCCAGGGUCUGUGUGAGAUGCUGAAGGCCAGGCUGUGGCGGAGCUGCUCGUGCAGCGUGCUGUGCGCCCGGGCGCUGGUGCAGGACCUGCUCCCCGCCACGCGCUGGCUGCGUCAGUACCGCCCGCGGGAGUACCUGGCAGGUGACGUCAUGUCCGGGCUGGUCAUCGGCAUCAUCUUGGUGCCUCAGGCCAUCGCCUACUCAUUGCUGGCCGGGCUGCAGCCCAUCUACAGCCUGUAUACGUCCUUCUUCGCCAACCUCAUCUACUUCCUCAUGGGCACUUCGCGGCACGUCUCCGUGGGCAUCUUCAGCCUGCUUUGCCUCAUGGUGGGGCAGGUGGUGGACCGGGAGCUCCAGCUGGCCGGCUUCGACCCCUCCCAGGAAGGCCUGCAGCCUGGGGCCAACAGCAGCAUCCUCAACAGCUCAGCUGCCAUGCUGGACUGCGGGCGUGACUGCUACGCCAUCCGCAUUGCCACCGCCCUCACGCUGAUGACCGGGCUUUACCAGGUCCUCAUGGGCGUCCUCCGGCUGGGCUUCGUGUCUGCCUACCUCUCACAGCCACUGCUCGACGGCUUUGCUAUGGGGGCCUCCGUGACCAUCCUGACCUCGCAGCUCAAGCACCUGCUGGGUGUGCGGAUCCCGCGGCACCAGGGGCCCGGCAUGGUGGUCCUCACAUGGCUAAGCCUGCUGCGCAGCGCUGGGCAGGCCAACGUGUGCGACGUGGUCACCAGCACGGUGUGCCUGGUGGUGCUGCUAGCUGCGAAGGAGCUCUCAGACCGCUACCGACGCCGCCUGCGGGUGCCCCUGCCCACGGAGCUGCUGGUCAUCGUGGUGGCCACACUCGUGUCCCACUUCGGGCAGCUCCACAGGCGCUUUGGCUCCAGCGUGGCCGGCGACAUCCCCACGGGUUUCAUGCCUCCUCAGGUCCCGGAGCCCAGGCUGAUGCAGCGUGUGGCCCUGGAUGCCGUGGCCCUGGCCCUCGUGGGCGCGGCCUUCUCCAUCUCGCUGGCGGAGAUGUUCGCCCGCAACCAUGGCUACUCUGUGUGCGCCAACCAGGAGCUGCUGGCUGUGGGCUGCUGCAACGUGCUACCCGCCUUCCUCCACUGCUUCGCCACCAGCGCCGCCCUGGCCAAGAGCCUGGUGAAGACAGCCACUGGCUGCCGGACACAGCUGUCCAGUGUGGUCAGCGCCACCGUGGUGCUGCUGGUGCUGCUGGCGCUGGCACCGCUGUUCCACGACCUCCAGCGAAGCGUGCUGGCCUGCGUCAUCGUGGUCAGCCUGCGGGGGGCCCUGCGCAAGGUGUGGGACCUCCCACGGCUGUGGCGGAUGAGCCCGGCCGACGCGCUGGUCUGGGCGGGCACCGCGGCCACCUGCAUGCUGGUCAGCACAGAGGCCGGGCUGCUGGCCGGCGUCAUCCUCUCGCUGCUCAGCCUGGCCGGCCGCACCCAACGCCCACGAGCCACCCUGCUGGCCCGCAUCGGGAACUCGGCCUUCUACGAGGAUGCCACAGAGUUCGAGGGCCUCGUCCCCGAGCCCGGCGUGCGGGUGUUCCGCUUUGGCGGGCCGCUGUACUACGCCAACAAGGACUUCUUCCUGCGGUCACUCUACAGCCUCACAGGGCUGGACGCGGGGUGUGUGGCUGCCAGGAGGAAGGAGCGGGGCUCAGAGUGGGAGGUCGGCGACGGAGGCCCUGCCCAGGGCAAGGACCUGGGCGCGGUUAGCAGCAGGGCUGCGCUGGCGCCUGCGGCGGCCGGCUUCCACACAGUGGUCAUCGACUGUGCCCCGCUGCUGUUCCUGGACGCAGCCGGCGUGACCACGCUGCAGGACCUGCGCCGAGACUAUGGGGCCCUGGGCAUCAGCCUGCUGCUGGCCUGCUGCAGCCCCCCUGUGAGAGAUGCUCUGAGCAGAGGAGGCUUCCUUGGGGAGGGCCCUGGGGACGUGGCUGAGGAGGAGCAGCUGUUUCUCAGUGUGCACAAUGCCGUGCAGACAGCACGAGCCCGCCACAGGGAGCUGGAGGCCACUGACGCCCACCCGUAGCAGGGCCAGGCCUGUCCAGCAGCCUCUGCUCCCUCCAGGGGCGCCCACAGCAGACGUCUGCAAGCCACUGCUGAGACCCUUCCCAGGGAGGAGCCGCCCAAGAGCUGCACUCUUGUGCCACAGCUGCCCUGGGGAAACCGGGGAACCCCGACUGGGUAAGGAGCCCCUCUGAUCACACGCAGGACCCAAACACUCAGAAAUCAAGAACUUCUGCCUCCAAGACAGGCUGGCCCAUAGUGCUGGCUGGGUCUCAAUGCUCCACACCCUUGCUGUCCCUCGGCUCAGCAGGGAUGGGCCUGGCCUGACGCUCGGGGUUGACAUCUUAUUUGAACAAGGGCCCCCCAACAUUAUGCAGCCUCCAAGGUGCCAAGAGGACCCCCUAUGCCCUGGCCUGCCUAGUGCCCAUCCUGCUGGUAGGAGCCAGCGGCUCCGGCCAAGAGCAUGAGGGUCUCUGUGUUUCCAGAAGGCCCCACACACCCAAGUGCCCCUCACACCUUGUGCCUCCCUGUCACAGGGUGGCCACCUGCACCAGCAUCAGGGCCCAGGGUGCUGUGACCAGUUAAGACCUCCCCUCAGUUCUCAGGUGCUGGCCCUGCCCAGCCCAGUCAGCAAACACACAGGGAUGCUCAUGGGUGCACGAGAAGACAGGUGUGGCACAGCCCACCCUGAGCUUCCAGGGAGACCUGCAGGAAGCCCACCGUGCCCCAUGCAGGGGCUCCCUCCAGCACACAGCCCUCACCCCAGCACGGCCAGCAAGGACACGGUGCUUCGGCGGAAAGUGGGGAACAAGGGGUCUUCUGAGCAGUCCCCAGCCCUGCCCCUCCCGUCUGUGCCUCUGUAAGGGGCUCUGGGACACCCAGGCCCCACCCGUCGCCCACCUGGUGGUGACAAGCUCCAGCAGCCAGUGGGUCCGGACCUGCUCGAUGCCACGGUGAGGGACGGCGCCCACAUAGGCGAGGUUGAGUUGCUGGUCCCAGCUGAGGACGUACUGGUCAGCCUGGCUGUGUGGCAGCGGGGGGCUGGGGACAGCAAAGGGGCGGCUCAGUCCCGAGGCUCAGCAUGGCUGGCAGCGCGGCCCACACACACGUUCAAGCCCAGGACUGCCCGGGCGCGGGAUUCAGGCGCUGCGCGUGCGCUCAGUGACUAAUAAAAUGACCCUUAGGGCCAAGGA